AGGGGUUUUAUGGCUACGAAGUUGAGGGAGAUUGUGAGGGCUAUGAAAAUAGCCAUGAUCAACACUUGGGCAGAUUUGAGGGUCUCGGGUUUAGGGGAGAAAAUGAGGGGAAUGAUGUGCCUAGUGCUUAUAGUGAAUUUGGAGAUGAUGUAGGACCUCGUGAUGGUUCUUAUGAUGAAGUUGGGGCAUGUGAGGAGUCUUAUACUUCCCACUCUGAACCUACAUUUGGUGUUAGGUAUAACCCUUUCAUUCGUAAAGCUUAUGAGAGCUAUGAUGAGAGUACGCGUGUGGAGUGUGAAAGAUCAUAUUCUUCACCUUGUAGUACUUAUUAUCAAGGUCAACAUAGUGUGAUUGGUUAUACUAGCUAUAGUAGAGGUUGUCCCAUGAGAAGAAGAGGGCAAGCAUCUCCAAAACCGACGGGUACUCGUGUGCCUUACAAUGUUGAUCCAAGGAGGAGUGUACACUCCGGAAAGGUGACUAUUUGUGGGAUACCGGGCUACCUUAUGGUGUUGAAUGAUAGGUAUUAUGGAAACUACAUUCUUCCGUCCAUGGUUGACUACUUGGGGUUAUUUCGAGAGCCUUUACUUGUUCCAUACUACUUGGGCGAGUUCAAGGUUACCGAGAGGGUAAAAGUUGUCUUCUCCCAAUUUGAUUACCUUGAGGAGGUGUGGUGCGAUGUUUUUUCCUUAACCUACGAUCAUAUGAGCUUGGGUGCCGAUUGGUUUGCACGACAUCAAGUUCCUAACGUGCAAAAUUGGCCUAAUGUUGUAAGAGACCAAUGGGGAAAUCGCCUCAUAACGUACUUGCUACCCAAACCGCAAAGAGAAAUGCUUACCUACUCCAAUCUGAUUUAUGAUGAGAGAGAAAAGAUUGCGAGGAGUAAGGGAGUGCAAGGUGAUAAUCCGAGAGUGGAAAAGGGAGAGGAUAUGUGGAGCGAAGUGAGGGGAUUGGCACCAAACCGUGCUAACAUUGGUUGUCCUUCCAUUUCUAAGGACAUUUGUGUAGGUACGUACCAACAUGGCAAGCGAAGGCGAACAAUGCCAAAAGGAAGUUGCUGCUCAAGCUUGUGGAGGACCUUCACCUCACGGCAAGGAAGAGUCUAGUCAAGAUCUUAAAGGAAACGUUGAAAUCCAAUUUGCCUAAGGAGGAGCAUGUGUCCAGAUUUCUUAAGAGAAAAUGGGCAUUGAGAACCCCAGAUACCAAAAUUAAUCAAAUAAUGAUAUCAAAAGAUGAUCUUCUACAAGGAGGUGAAAAUCUUGGGAAUCUUUCCUUUCUGAAUAAUCCACAACCUUCUAUUGGUGAUUACGUGAUGAAAAACAACCGACAGGAACCUUCGUUUUAUGUUGUAAGAGAUGAUUUAUUGCAUCCUUUGGUGAAUGGUAAUAAAGCGAGGAAACUGGACGCACUACUCCCUAUCUUGGAAGAUAGUUCUGUGACAGAUGUUGUCACAUGUGGAGGUUGCCAAAGUGCGCAUGCUGCGGCUGUUGCUGUGUCAUGUGCUGAAAGGGGAUUGAAGUCACAUUUACUUCUCCGAGGAGAACAGCCAGCAACCUUGACGGGUUACAAUCUAAUUUCAACAUUAUAUGGAAAUGUCAGUUAUGUUCCGAGAUCUCUAUAUGCUAGGAGGGAGGAGAUGCUCUUAAAACAUGCACGUCUUGUUGCAAGAGAUAGUGGCUUUGUUUUCUCACUUGCUGAUUUAGAGGCGUCUUUAUCCUCUCAUGGGUGCGGUGAACACUCUUCACACGUGGAUUCUCUGACAAAAAGGAGUAAGAAGGUAGCUAUUAUUAAUGAAGGGGCUGGAGAUGCUGCAGCAUUGCUAGGUAUUUUGCGCCUUGUAGAGUACUUAUCUCAAGACCAUCUAUUUGGGAAAGAUCAGCAGUUAAAAAUUAUUAUAGAUGCUGGAACAGGAACAACUGCUAUUGGUUUUGGAAUUGGAGCAGUGUGCUUAGGGCUCCCAUGGGAGGUCACUGCCGUUAUUCUGGCUGACACCAUUGAUGGAUACCAGAAAAAGGAGGAAACUUUAAUUUCUGAAUUCCGCAGAUGCUUUACUCUUCAAUGCAGUGAGCAAACGCUGACAGGAUCAGAACCUGGACUUGUGCACUGGGUCGAACGCAGGUCCCCGAGAAAAUUUGGCAAUAUACUGAAGGGGGAAGUUGAAAUAUGUCAAAAGAUUGCUCAAGAGACCGGUAUUCUUAUCGAUCCAGUUUACACUUUGGCUGCUUGGGAGCUAGCAAGUCAACUUGGUCAGGAGGAAUGUGCAAAAGUGGUGAUGCUGCACACAGGAGGUACACUCGGUAUGUUUGGGCUGGCUCAGCGUUACAAAUCUUACUUCGAAAUGUUGAAAGAUGAAUAUUGCAGCUAAUGCUAGUAACUUUAUGUUAUGAUAUUAUUGUAAGGAAUGAGGCUUGAGUCUCACAUCGGCUAGAUGGGGAGCUGAUGUGGGUCUUAUAUAGUCUGGCCUCUCCCACCUUAAUAGCCAGCUUUUGAUGUGUGGUUCUCCUUUGAUUGAUUCAAUGAUAUCAGAGCCACCCCCCUCCUCUCUGCCCACUGAGCUUUGGAUGUUGACCUCGGUAUGGCAAUGUUUGACCGGGGCUAGCAAUAUCUAGCGCACAACUGUUGUUGAGGAUGACUGAUGCAGUGUGUGGUGAUUUGUAUCUUAUUGUAAGGAAUGGGACUUGAGUCCCACAUUUUGCGGUGUGGCUCCUAAGGUUGUUAUACUUUAACUGAUCAGUGGCCAUUACCAAAUCUUAAAUUGAAUGCAGUGUGUCUUUAUUAA